AGAGCAGUGGAGGAGCAGCAGGAGGAGAGUGAAGCAGCAUCCAGCAUCAGCGGCUCUGCAGGAGGGACAGAGGCUUAAAGACAAGAGGACACUGCAAUGUUUUACAUCACUCCAAGUCUAAGAGCCAACAGUGUAUCAGCAAAUACUGAAUUGAAAUGUUUCGAGUGCUGAACUGACUAGAAUAAAAUACGUUGUCAUUUACAAAACAAAACAUCAUCCAUUAAUUUGGUUGUGUUCCUCUCUUUAAACAUGGCGUUAGUGUUGCCUUUCCUGCUUCUGCUUCUGCCAAGUCCUGCCCUCUCCAGUCAACAUCUGCAGACAGCAGCUCAACGUGUCUCCAGAAACAUCAAACCCCAGCCUAUUAAACUUGUUAUUUCGGACACAUGUGCACAAGAUGGGGCCAAAGAGAGAGAGAUAGACUUGGAUCCUGAUUCUCCUCUGGUCUUGACCCAUCGGAUCCGUCUGGUGCCAGGGUCAGGUUCAGCUUGUGGUCAGUGUGAGCUGGACUUCGCAGCCCUGCGUGAGCGUAUUGAAAGACUGGAGAAGGAGGUGUCUGAUCUGAGGGAGAAAUGUGGAGGUCCAGAAGGAUGCUGCAGCUCCCAGCAGAGCAAAGGUGUGGUCUGUACCACCGUUCGUCCCACAAUCGACGAGUGUCCGGAUGACUGCAGUGACCAGGGUCGCUGUGUAGAUGGCAAAUGUGUGUGUUUCCCAGGAUUCAGUGGGCCUGACUGCAGCAUGCCGGACUGCCCUGAUGACUGCAGCAGCCGUGGCCGAUGUGUGUACGGCCAGUGUGUGUGUGACCCAGGCUUUACCGGCCCCGACUGCUCCUCCAGCACAUGUCCUGAUAACUGCAACGACAGGGGCCGCUGCAUGAACGGCAGGUGCGUGUGUGACGCUGGCUUUACCGGGCCUAACUGCGGGACACGGGGCUGUCCGGAUAACUGUAACAACCGGGGCCGCUGUGUGAAUGGAAAAUGCGUGUGUGACUCAGGAUUCACUGGUCAGGACUGCUCAGAGAUGUCCUGCCCGGGGAAGUGUAAUGGCAGGGGCCGCUGUGUGAACGGACAGUGCGUUUGUGAUCCUGGCUUCUCUGGGCCGGACUGCUCUGUAGAAACAUGUCCUGAUAACUGCAGCAAUCGUGGACAGUGUGUAAACGGGAAGUGUGUCUGUGAGAGCGGCUUUACGGGCCCCGACUGCUCGUCCAGAUCUUGUCCUGGAGACUGCAGUAACCACGGCAGAUGCGUCGACGGCCGGUGCGUAUGUGAUAGCGGUUUUACUGUACCAGACUGUUCGUCCAAGACUUGUCCCAAUGACUGCAAUAAGAAAGGCAGAUGUGUGAAUGGGAAAUGUGUCUGUGAUGUCGGCUUCUCCGGUCAAGACUGCUCCACCAAAUCCUGCCCCAACAACUGCAGUAACAAGGGCCGCUGUGUGAGGGGCCGCUGUGUGUGUCGUCGUGGUUUCUUGGGGCCCGACUGCAGUGAAUGUCAGUCUGGGUUCACAGGGGAAAACUGCGACACUGUGGCGGGCGUCUCGCGUCUCAGUACCAGGGACAUCACUGAGUCAUCUGUCACUCUGUCCUGGACUCCACCUGCUGUGCAGUACGACACCUACCACAUCUCCUUCACCAGCAGGAAAGAAACGGAUCAGAAAAUACGCUCCAAAAUCAAUGGCAGACUGAGCACCUACACUCAGAUUGGACUGGCCGCUGGACAGGAGUAUACAGUCAGCAUCACAGGAGAGAAAGAGGGCAUUAUGGGAACAGAGAGCACAGCAGAAUUCACCACAUUGAUCUCUGGCCCAAAAGACUUGCAAGUUGUGAAGACAACCACUACAUCAGUCAUUGUCCAAUGGGAGAAGGCACAGGGGGAGAUUGACAGGUAUGUCCUCUCCAUUGCACCCAAUCAGACAGAUGGACCAAGCAGACUUCCAGAGAUGAACCUGCCACCAGAGAGGGAUUCAGCCCAGAUCGACAGCUUGGAGCCGGGCCGCUUGUAUGACAUCUCAUUAGUGGCGGAGAAAGAUAGCAUCCGAAGCCUGCCAGCAACCGCACAGGCAACUCCUGGCCCCGAGCCUCCAUCCAAUCUUGCCUUCAGCGAUGUGACCGACAGCUCUUUCAUGGUGUCCUGGACCAAACCGAAGAGCAAGGUGUCUGGAUUCAAGAUCACGUACACUCACGUGCAAGAAGGUGAGCCGAUCUCUGUAAGCGUGGACUCAGAAUCUGUCCAUCUGGCCCUCUCGCCGAUGUCUCCUGGCUCCACCUAUGAGGUCCGUGUGAUGUCUGUACUUGGACAAGACGAAAGUGACUCCAUCCAGGAUACUGCAACCACUUUGCCCGACCCACCGACAGACCUGAGGGCCAUAAACAUCACAGAGAGUAAAGCGCUGUUGCUGUGGAGACCCGCCUUGGCAACCGUCGACCACUAUGUCAUUGUGUAUAGUUCUGAGGCAGCACCUGGGUCUGGAAUCAGCAUCAGAGUGUCUGGCAACGCUGCAGAAGAGCAGCUGCAGACGCUGCAAUCCUCCACACAGUACAGAGUGAGUGUUCACAGUCAGCUGGGAGACCUGAGCAGCUCCAGAGCCACCACAGCCUUCACAACAUCCAGCGGUAAAAAAGCAGAUGGUCCUCAUGAUCUCAGAGCCAGUCAGGUUACGCCUCGUACCGCGGUGCUGUCUUGGAAACCACCUGUAUCAGCCGUCAACAGUUACAAGCUCAGCUAUUACACGGAUGGCCAGGACAGUAAGGAAGUGAUUCUUGGCCCCGCGGUCAAGGAGUUCAAGUUAACCAGACUGUACCCAUCUUCAACAUACACAGCGCACCUGCAGGCCGAGCGGGACGGUCUGUACAUGAGCACCGUCUCUACAGACUUCACCACGGGGAACCUCCGGUUCUCCUUUCCCUCUGACUGUUCGCAGGAGAAGCAGAACGGAGCGCUGGAGUCUGGCAUCGUGGAGGUGUUUCCACAGGGCCGCGAGGGAAAGCCGCUGAUGCUUUACUGUGACAUGGAGACUGAUGGAGGAGGCUGGACGGUUUUUCAGCGAAGAAAGGAUGGGAAGACAAACUUCUUCAGGAGCUGGCGUGAAUACAGCAAUGGAUUUGGAGCGCUGGAUGGGGAAUUCUGGCUCGGAAAUGAGCAGCUUCAUAACUUCACUAAGAUGAGUCCAAUGAGCCUGAGAGUAGACCUCAGAGCAGGAGACGAGUCGGUUUACGCACACUAUUCCUCGUUCUCUGUCGACAGUGUGAAAAAACACUACACCGUCAGAGUGUCUGGAUAUUCUGGCACAGCCGGUGACUCACUGACGUACCAUAACGGACGGCCGUUCUCCACGCGGGACAGAGACCCUCAGCCAUUCAUCACGCGCUGUGCCAUGUCCUAUAGAGGCGGCUGGUGGUAUAAGAACUGCCAUGAGGCCAAUCUUAACGGCCUCUAUAACACAGACACCAACCACCAGGGAGUGAUCUGGACCAAGUGGAAAGGCAAGGAUUUCUCCAUUCCCUUCACUGAGAUGAAAUUCCGCCCAGCCUCAUUCAGGCCCUGAACAUGAGGAGAAACGCAUUAUUGCAGGAGAGCUGGGACGCCCUCCCGUUAUGGACAUAAACCUAAACACACCAUCAUUGAAAAGCAAGUAUCAUUACUGCACGUAUAACCACACAAUCAAUCUACAUAAUUACAUCUACACACAUACUCCAAUUGUAAUAUAUCAAGGCCAAAAAGGCUGUUCAUCUGUAGUCUAUAUGUAGGAUUGUACAGUGUUUGGAUUCUCUGUGCUCUGUGCAUUGGGAUGCCCCACAGCAGCUGGAGGAAAUAUUAUGCACUGCCUUCUUCUCUAUGAUGAAGCUGUGGACUAGGUGUCACGCAUAUAUCAGCUUGAACUACCAAGAGUCUGAUGUUUGUAUUCAUAUUGUUUUGUAUGUACCAUAUUUCAGUGUCUUACAGAAAGAUUUCAUAAAAUAAAAAAGCUGUAA